AUGAACAAGCCCAUUUCGUUCUUUGACAUGCAAAAGGCUUGGAAAGACAGUACCAAUUCUAAAGCGUUUUCGCUGCUGGGUCCAAAAAAGUCUGUGGCUUUGUUCCAGAAGAAGAAGAAGCCCCUGGUGGUGGAUGCCUUGGUGGAUCCAACAGUGGGAAAGCAAGAGACGAGGAAUCCUCUGAAAGGUUUGCUUUCCAGGGUAACAUCCAAGCUCGACCUCCUUCGACGACGGAAAAAGGCGCCACCACUGUCGUUUGAAGGUGGCAAUGGCGACGACCACGAUUGGAAGAAACAAAUCAUGGCCACCAGUACGACAUUGUACUCGACGCAGCUGUCGUUACCGAGUACCGGUAGGCACGACGAAGUUGUCGAAUCGAGGCGGAUACUGUUGCAGUUUGCCGUGUCGGCACUAUUGUAUCCCAUUCUGUUACGAUGGGUACGGUCGAGUAUCGUGCUGACAGCGGUUGUCCUUCCACAUUGCUGGUUGUUAUCAAGAAGAAGGGAUCAUCGGUAA